AUGAAGCUGACACUGAAGGUCGAAUUGCACAACGAGCAGAUACUCUCAAACCUCUACUCAGACGAGAAGAAGAUUGAGCAGCUGCGACUUGAGUUGGACAAGUUGUCUUCCAAGCAUCAAUCACCUGAGUGGUGGGAGAGCACGUGGGAGAGCACAUUGCAAUUUUUUGGUGGUACUUCAAGAAAGAGUGCAGACGCUGCAAGAGCUGCUGACUACGCUCGGAAAAAUUACUGUGCACUCCAAGCCAGAGUGAACAAGGAGAUCAUCGACCACAUUGAAGAAGGCUUAAACGGCAUGCAAGCAGGACACUUUGAUGUGAGUGGAAGCGUUGUGAGCUUCCUCGAGCUUGUGAGCAGUCACUUGAGUUCGCAUUUGGAUGGAUCGACGCAAGGUCAAAUUGAGCGCUUUGAAGGUGAAGUGAAGAACAUGUUUCAGAACAGGUUGGAGAAGCUGCUUAAGUCCUUCGACGGAGAGGAUGCUCGAACAGCCAUUGCAGAGCUUGGAACAUGUUUGGAUUUCUUGCGCCACCUUUGCUUCUUCGUCUUUGACAGAACCGCGUUCCAUGAUGCGUUUCACAAUUUUGUGGAAGGGCAGCUGAAGAGACUGGAGCAAGCAGUGUUGAGUUUGUCAGUGGGCGAGGCCAUUUCUGCAUGUCUAGACUUGCAGGCGCUUUGCUGUAUCUUAUCGACGAGGUUUGUGCUUUACAAGCGUGAAGUGGGAGACUUAAGAUUGCGUGGCCCUGAAAGCUGGAAACGUCUCGUCGAUCUGCAGGAGAGAAUCAUUGACGACGAUCUUGGCAAGCAAGGAGAACAUUUUGCCGUUCUGGAAGUUCUCCCUUCAAUGCCGCUUCGGGAUGGAGAGAUCCACAUGCCAUGCUCAAAACAGGUCAAACAGGCCUACAAAAGGAAGGCCAUGCGGUAUCACUCGGACAAGCAGUAUCAGUCAGGGACACGCAAGAAGAAUUCAUCAGAUCACAGAGCCCGAGCUCGCAUGAGCACUUCAUUUGCAGAGCAGAUGAUGCGGAAGGUAAAUGAAGCCAAGGAAUUCUUAGAAUGCGAUGCCAACUGCAAAGGGUUUGGUGUCCGAAUCCAGCGCCUUUUCGUAGACAAGUUGGGGGGUCUCAAGCCGCAGCUGCAAAGCCGUGUGCAAAAGCUCCUCAAAGAGCAAAAGUAUUUGCAGCUCAAAAUGCUCCUUCAAGAUAUUCGAACGGUUGACCAAAAGCUUGCUGCCAAUAUGAGUGUUUCGACUCGGGAGCUUGAAACCAUCAUCAAGGAUAAUCUCAUCGAGGAGGCAAACAAGAUCAGUCAUGUUGUUGAGGAAGCAUGGAAUGCCAGACGGCUUCGGGAGCUUCAAGAAGAAUUGAGCAAACUGAAGCAAAUGAGACACGAGCUUGCAGCCUUUCCACAAAUUGUGCCUGAGAACUUGAUCAAAGAUAUUUCAAGGAAGAUCAACGAUGAGAUCAAGGAAGAGGGCAACAGUGCACAGAGCUGCAUCUUCUCAUGUCACUCUUUGUCGCAGGCCAUGGACAGCAUCAUGCAGUUUGGGAGACAUCUCAUUGCUUUGGGCCGCAUUUGCACUCACCUGCGUGACUCCAAGAUGACUGCAGAGCUGGAAGUAACCCACGCUCUGGAGAAAUGCUGUCAGAAGAAGUGGGGGGUGAGCUUUCUGAAUCAGCUGGGUAUGAGACUGGGGCAGGGAAAGAUAGGUGAUCCCACUACAGAUGAUGCAUUGAUUGGAAGGGUCCUGUUGAGUUCUUUUCCGCAAUUCGAGGAUGUCAGAACAGUCAUUUUCAACCGCGAGACCAGUGCUGCGCAGAAGGAUGUGGCGGAGACACUAAAGGAAAUUUUAUCUUGGGAGAUUGGACAUGGUGCCUCACGCAACAAACGGUCUGUUCCCACCGCUAAGCUGAUAGAGGGUUGGAAGCAGUACGAACAGAAGUUUGAUGAAUACAAAGAGAGAUGGAUUGCUUCAGAGCUGACACGAAAGACUCUGGCGGAGCAUAUCAUUGGGACAGCAUCCAAGCUCAGGGCGCAGCGCUGUGGCAUGUGGUCCACAGAGAUCAAAGAAAAGAUUCCUGAGUUGCUGGCAGGCAUUUUUGCUCUCUAUGCCAUCGUGAGAUCCGGCACAGCGCACGCUUCGGCGGAGAAACCUUCCAACCAAUUCUCGGCUUCUUCUGCUGACGCAGAAGCAGAACAGGUGCUUCCAGAGGAGUUCCUUAUCAAGCCUCAUUGCAUCCAGGUCUUGACGUUGCUGUGCCUCACAGGAUAUGGAAACCAACGGGAUGAAUUGGAGAAUCACCUCAUGCAAAUUCGCACUGGCGAAGGGAAGUCCAUUGCCCUGGGCGGCGGUGCAGCACUUCUAGCCUUGUUGGGGUUUCAGGUCAGAUGCAUUUGCUACUCAAAAUACCUCAGCCAGAGGGAUGAGAAGGCUUUCAGCACUUUGUUCGAGGAAUUGCAGCUGCAGGGCUCCGGCCGUGAACGGAUUGUGUACAGCACGAUCACCCAAUACAGUGAAGACCUUAUUGGCAGAAAAGGCGAUGUAAGGAAGCUCACACUUGACUUGGUUGCUGACGGCAACCUCAGCCUCCAAGCAAUGAAGCCAAGCACAGCUGAGGCAAAGCUUCCAGCGGAAAAGCUCCAAGAAGAGAUCCUUCUGGUCGAUGAAGUAGACGUUCUGUGCGGGAGCCACUUUAAUGGUCAAACGCACAAUCAAGUGGCACUUCUAGAAUCGCCAGAGGUCGAGGACCUUCUCCGAGAAAUUUGGAAGAACCGGGACGAGGCAAUGAAUACAGCAGCAUUGGUUCAAAAAGUGCUUGAAUCAGAGCAAUUUGAGGCCGUGGCCAAGAAGUUUCCGGAUUUUGCAGACAUUGUGAAGUCUGAGGCCGUGAAGAUGUGUGUGGACCUGAAGAACCACCUGAAGGAUCACUUCUUGAAAUCUUGCCCUGAUUACAUCUUUGAUGGUGGCAAAGUUGGCUACAAGGUCCUUGAUGGUGUUGUCUGGGACGUUGUGAAGGGGUACAGGACAGCGUUUGCAUACCUGCAUGAAGAGACCAAAGGGCGUAUGCUAGACAAGGCCACGCUGCGAAAGGCCCUGUCACUGCAAAUACCUUGUGGUAGAUUCUCAUAUGCAAAGUUGGGCUCGCCCAAGGUAUUGGGUGUGUCCGGGACCGUCACAGCUUUGAGCAAGCAUCAAUGGGAGGUCAUGCGCCGAUUCGGCAUCACAAGCUACACAGUCGUCCCAUCCGUUUACGGCCGGAACCAUUUUGCCUUCUUGAAUCAAGGCUCUGCCAUCACCAUUUCUACAGAUGAGGACCAUGCCUUCGACAUUUUCAGUCAGGUAUCCAAGAAGGUGGAUGAAGAUCGAGCUGUCAUUGUGUUCUUCCGCGAUGUGCCGCAAGUCAAGGAAUUCAUGGAGUCAUCUUACUACAGCAACAUGUCCAACAAGAUCCUUGGCUUCCAUGUCAUCCAGACCUUCUUUUCCGAGGACAAGAGUGAAGAGGUUCAGAUCCAGGGGCGCACUGCUCGCCAAGGGAAGAGCGGCACCUACUCGCUUAUCCUGGCAGAUUCGGAGGUUAAGGAGCUUGGAUUGGAUCCUCUUCACCUGCGAAACAUGCCAGCUGAACGCUGCUAUAAUGCACUUUGCUCAGCAAGGGAGAAGAAGCAAGCUUGCCGCAGCAAGGACAUGGAAAAGACGUUGGAGGAAGCUAAUGCCUUGGAUUGUGAAUCUCGUUCGUAUUUCAACGCUCUUCUUGAAGCAAAUUGCCCACUUGCGAGAGACAGACUCAGAAAGUUGUAUGAGCAGCUGGGUGGUGGCAGCAACACCAAUGCCUACCACUUCAUAUGCUGCUACGACGAGUCCGGCUCGAUGCGUGGGUCACCGUGGGAGGAGCUGAAGAAAGCCCAUGGCGCCUUCAUGCAGAAGUUGCAAAGGGUGCUUUCAGCGAAAGUGUCGAUCAUCCAGUUUGCACAGGAUGCACACACUGUGUUGCAGCUUGGUGAUGUCAAGCAAGCCAUGUGCCUUGAGUUGACGAGGGACACAGGCGAGAGAACGCACAAAACAUGGUUUGAGCCAGCACUGGCAACAGCCCUCCGCUUGAUGCGGAUAGGUGCACAGCAGGACCAAAGGCUCACACCUGUCUUGGUCUUCAUGACUGAUGGUAGCAAUGGUGAUGGCGAUUGCAUCCAGACCAUGAGGGACAUGAGGCAGGAGUUUCCAUCGUUGGACUUCCAUGCAAUCAUCUUUCGGAAAGAAGACUCCACCGUGCUUCGGAAGAUGGUUGGGGCUACGGGAGAUGGACAUUUUCAUGUCUCAGUAGACGGAGUGAAGCUUGUUGAGACCUUCUCCCACAUCGCCAGCAGCCUGGAAUACACUGGCCGAGGGUGAGAUUUCUGAAAAAGUGCUGAUUGGAUUGUGCAACACAGAAGACACAAUUCCUACGGCUGACUUUUAAACACUGGAGGCUUUGCCCCAGCACUUCAGUCCAGAUGGUUAAAACGUGUUUACAUGCCAUUGAGUGGUGAGCAAUGAGUUGUGUUCUUGUAUGAAUGAAUAUAUAGAUCCAAAGAAUGGUCUGGACAACAGGUUAUUGUACAGUCUCAUUUAGUCAAGAUCAAGUUGAAGCUCAUGGACGAGCCAUGGGAAAGGUCUUGUUGUUGCAAGUUCCGUAGUUACUAUUGCAACGGUGUGCACAUUCGUCCGUUCUCCCUGUUCACCGACCGUUUUCUGCUGUAUUUCUGUUUAGCUUGGUUUUCAUGCAAUCUGCUCAUUUGGUGAAAGGACUUGAAAGGGAGGCCUUGAAAAGGGAAUGUGCAGCGGAAUUGAGAUUAAGUCAGCCCAGAAGCGAGCUGCCUACUAUGUGGAAAAGGAGUCUAUUUGGUGAAGAAGAUGCACUCCUUGAACAAGACGCGGAUGUCUUAGAUGCAAAGCAAGCUGAAACUUUUCAUGUAUGCUUUCUGCCAAUUUGGCUGGUGUCGUGUAGAGAUGGGACAGAUGUGAAGUUUUCAACUAGAAUUCUACAAAAACUACAAGAACAUAUACAUCUACCAUGUGUUCACAC